AUGGGCCCCUGUACCGCCUCCCCAUGCUGCUGCCAGGCCCGUAAUCUGCCAUGGGCCCGUACCGACUCCUCAUGCUGCUGCCAGGCCCGUAAUCUGCCAUGGGCCCCUGUACCGCCUCCUCAUGCUGCUGCCAGGUCCAGAGUGUGUCAUGGGUCCCUGUACGGCCUCCCAUUGCUGCUGUCUCUAUCGCCACACUCUGCCAUGUGCCACUUUCAGGUCUCCUCACACUGCUGGUGGUUUCCAUUUUUGUCAUAGGGUGCUGUAUGGCCUCCCAUUGCUGCUGCCUCCACCGCCACACUGUGGCUCCACACUCUGGUUUUGGCCCCGUGACUGCCCAAAUGAGUGAAGUGUGCGGUGAUUCUAAGAUCGACGGCACUCAUCUGCAUGUCAUACUGACUGACAGUAUUAUUUCUCUUCCCCAGCAGACUCCAAGGGCAUUUAAAUUAAAGGUACAGUGUUCAGCACUAAUAUUA